GCAUGUUUCUUUCGUAGGUGCAACGACACAUACAGACUUUCAGACGUUGCUGCUGUGUGCUAACUACUUUUUGUCUUUUUUUUGCUAUAUUUAACUUCGUGGGGUCGGGAUGGGUCGUGAAUCGAGACAUUACAGAAAGCGUUCGGCGUCUCGGGGGCGGUCAGGCAGCCGAUCAAAAAGUCGCUCCCCGGAUAAACGCUCCAAAAAAGACGACCGAGAUCGAAGCAGGAGAGAGAGGUCGCGGAGCCGGGACCGCCGGAGGUCUCGAUCCAGGGACAGAAAACGAGCCAGGCGCUCCAGGAGCAGAGAGAGGAGGAGGACCAGAAGCCGUGACAGAAAGAGGUCAGGCAGCAGGAGCCGAGCCCGCAGAUCCCGAUCCGGCAGUCCAGCAAAGAGCAAGAAAACUGAUGAAAAGGCGAAGAGCAAAGAAAAAGACUGCCUCGAUCCUGUGUCUGAGAAGAAAAAGAUUAAAGAGGAGAAAGAAGAUGAGAAGGUUGAGGAUCAAGACUUUGACCAGAACAAACUGGAGGAGGAAAUGAGGAAGAGGAAGGAGCGAGUGGAGAAAUGGAGAGAAGAGCAGAGGAAGAAGGCUAUUGAAAAUAUUGGCGAGAUCAAGAAAGAACUUGAGGAGAUGAAACAGGGCAAGAAAUGGAGCCUUGAGGAUGAUGAUGAUGAUGAUGAAGAUGGUUCAGCUUUGAUGGAGGGAGACGACGAUGAUGAUGGGGAUGUGAAAGGGGAAGGCAAAGAGCAGGAUAUGAAGGAGGAGGAGAAAGAGGAAGGGAAGAAGGAGGAGACUCCCAUGGAGCAGCAGGCAGAAGAGGACGAAGUGGAUCCUCUGGACGCCUACAUGGAGGAGGUCAAACAGGAGGUGAAGAAGUUCAACAUGGGAGCCAUGAAAGGAAACGAUAAGAAAGGACAAAUGACAGUAACCAAAGUGGUGACAGUUGUUAAAACCAAAAAAGGACCCCACACGCACAAGAAGAAGGGUGAGCUGAUGGAAAAUGAUCAGGAUGCAAUGGAGUACUCAUCAGAGGAGGAGGAGGUUGACCUGCAGACAGCUCUGACAGGCUUCCAGACCAAACAGAGGAAGAUCCUGGAGCCUGUUGACCAUGGGAAGAUCCAAUAUGAGUCAUACCGCAAAAACUUUUAUGUGGAGGUGCCUGAACUGGCCAAGAUGACAACAGAGGAAGUGAAUGCACACAGGCUUGAACUGGAAGGCAUUACCGUCAAAGGGAAGGGUUGUCCCAAACCCAUCAAGACUUGGGUACAGUGUGGGGUGUCAAUGAAGAUCCUCAGUGCUCUGAAGAAGCACAGCUAUGAAAAACCCACGCCCAUCCAGGCUCAGGCCAUCCCUGCCAUCAUGUCGGGCCGAGAUCUCAUCGGGAUUGCUAAGACCGGCAGUGGAAAAACCAUAGCGUUCCUGCUGCCCAUGUUUCGACACAUCAUGGAUCAGAGACCCCUGGAGGAGUCAGAGGGACCCAUCUCUGUAAUCAUGACUCCGACCAGAGAGCUGGCUCUGCAGAUCACAAAGGAGUGCAAGAAGUUUUCCAAAGCACUGGGACUCAGGGUGGUUUGUGUUUAUGGUGGCACAGGCAUCAGCGAGCAGAUUGCUGAGCUGAAGAGAGGAGCUGAGAUCAUUGUGUGCACCCCAGGAAGAAUGAUUGACAUGUUGGGGGCCAACAGCGGCCGGGUAACCAACCUGCGCAGAGUUACAUACGUGGUGUUGGAUGAAGCAGACAGGAUGUUUGACAUGGGCUUCGAGCCACAGGUGAUGCGUAUUGUGGACAACGUACGUCCCGACCGUCAGACGGUCAUGUUCUCAGCUACCUUCCCCAGAGCCAUGGAGGCCCUGGCUCGCAGGAUCCUUUCGAAACCCAUUGAGGUGCAGGUGGGAGGUCGCAGCGUCGUCUGCUCUGAUGUGGAGCAACAUGUGCUGGUGAUUGAUGAGGAUAAAAAGUUCCUGAAGCUGCUGGAGAUUUUGGGACACUACCAAGAGAAGGGAUCUGUCAUAAUCUUUGUGGAUAAACAGGAGCAUGCAGAUGGACUGCUCAAAGACCUGAUGAAAGCAUCGUACCCCUGCCUAUCUUUACAUGGAGGCAUUGAUCAGUACGACAGAGACAGCAUCAUCAAUGAUUUCAAGAACGGAGUAUGUCGUCUGAUGGUGGCCACCUCUGUGGCAGCUAGAGGUCUGGAUGUGAAGCAGUUGAUCCUGGUGGUCAACUACAGCUGUCCCAACCACUACGAGGACUACGUCCACAGGGCGGGACGCACAGGCAGAGCUGGCAACAAGGGCUAUGCUUACACUUUCAUCACUGAGGAUCAGGUUCGCUACGCUGGUGAUAUCAUCAAGGCCUUGGAGCUAUCAGGAUCUCCCGUCCCUCCAGAACUGGAGCAGCUCUGGGGCUCCUUCAAAGACCAACAGAAAGCGGAGGGUAAGACCAUUAAGAGCAGCAGUGGCUUCUCAGGAAAAGGGUUCAAGUUUGACGAGACAGAGCAUGCCUUGGCUAAUGAGAGAAAGAAGCUGCAGAAAGCUGCUCUCGGAUUGCAGGACUCCGAUGACGAGGAUGGAGCCUUGGAUAUUGAGGAGCAAAUCGAAAGCAUGUUUAAUUCAAAGAAACGGGUGAAGGAUCUCUCUGCUCCUGGUGCGGCUGCUGGUCCAGCCGGAGCUGUUGCGGCUACAGCAGCUGCUCCUGGAGGACUGCCUGGAGUCACGCCUGCAUCUGCUGGAAACAUCCAGAAACUGGAAAUGGCCAAAAGGCUGGCUCUCAAGAUCAAUGCUCAGAAAAACUUGGGGGCUGAGGCUCAGGAUGUGAUGCAGCAGGCUACCAAUGCCAUCCUGCGUGGUGGGCCCAUCAGGACACCCUCUGUGUCAGCCAAGACCAUUGCAGAGCAGCUGGCUGAGAAGAUCAAUGCCAAGCUUAACUACACACCCGUGGAGAAGCUGGAGGAAGAGCGGCAGGCAGCCGAACAAGCUGAGACAGUCAGGAGAUAUGAAGAGGAGCUGGAGAUCAAUGACUUCCCUCAGACGGCCAGGUGGAAGGUGACAUCUAAAGAAGCUUUGCAAAGGAUCGGUGAAUACUCUGAGGCCGCCAUCACCAUCAGGGGAACCUAUUUCCCUCCAGGCAAAGAACCCAAAGAAGGAGAACGCAAGAUUUAUUUGGCUAUUGAGAGUGCAAAUGAACUGGCUGUGCAGAAAGCCAAAACAGAGAUUACCCGGCUAAUUAAGGAAGAGCUCAUCAGAUUACAAAAUUCUUAUCAGCCGACAAGCAAAGGCCGGUACAAAGUUUUGUAGAGGAGGACCCAAGACUCAAGAAAAGAGUUUCCAUUAUUCAACACCCCCUUGUCCCUGCAGUUUCACAAAUAUGUUGAGUAAUAUUUUAGUGUAUAUUUUAAUAAUGCUGUCUUUAAUUAUCUCAGUUUAUACUUCUCCCGACUGUACUUCACCUUUCUGUCCAGUGAUUUUUAUACUUGCAAAUACCAGCUAUCAAUGUUGUCAAAUCGGCCCAAUUCUACAUAUGCUAUCUGUGACGUUUUUGACUAUAAGGCUAAUUUUCUUUAAUGUUUUGGUUAGAUUUAUGUAAAGCAGCAGCAUUGUUUUUCAUGAAGAAACCAUCAGAUGAGAACUGUUUUUACUUUUCAUCUCAAUAAAACAAUGUGUUGUUUUAGAAAUACA